GAGAUAUACGCUUCCCAUCGGACACGGGCCGUGGAAGCCCCAGCAGAAGGCUACGGCGUGCGAGCAGGAGCACAACAGACAGACAUCGCCAGCCCUCACCAACAUGGCCUCGCCCGAGUACGCCCACCACUUCUCGGACCGCAACGUCCCAUUUGGCAUUGCAUCGUCAAAGAAACACCCCGAGCCUCGGGCUGUGACCCGACUCGGAAACUCGGUCAUCUUCCUGCAUGACUGCCUCACCAGCGGCCUGUUUGCGGGCGUCAGCGGGCUGCCCGGGGAAGUAUUCGCCAACGACACUCUGAAUCAGUUUGCCGCGCUUCCGAAGUCGGUCCAGCGCAGUGUUCGCCAAGAAAUCCAGAACCAGUACCGGAAAAGGGGCGAUGUGUCUAGCUUCCCCCCUGGAAGCGUCGAAGAUAUCACGGAGGUGCAGAUGCACAUGCCAGUAAGCGUCGGGGAUUUCGCAGACUUCUCCUGCUCCCUCGCCCACGUCAAAAAUGCCGGCCGCAUCAUCAUCAACGAUGCGCGCCCGCCGCCGGCCUUCUUCAACAUGCCCAUCGCGUACCAGGGGCGGGCCAGCUCCGUCGUCGUGUCCAGCACCGACGUCGAGCGGCCGAUGGGCCAGUACCGAGACAAGACCGCCCCGGCAGUCGCCAACGAGCCGCCGCCGGUGGUGUUCGGCCCCUCCCGCGCGGUCGACUACGAGCUCGAAUUCGCGGCGAUCGUGGGCAAGCCGCUGCCCAUGCGGCAGCGCCUGAACGCGGUCGACGCGGACGAGCACAUCUUCGGCUUCGUCAUCUUGAACGACUGGAGCGCCCGCGACAUACAGGGCUUCGAAAUGACCCCCUUGGGCCCGUUCAACGGCAAAAACUUCGGCACCACCAUCUCCCCCUGGGUCGUCACGCUCGACGCGCUCGAGCCGUUCCAAACCGCCGGCCCGCCCCCCGCCGUCGCCAUCCCGCCGCACCUGCAGGACCCGUCGCUGCGCACCUACGCCGUCCGCAUGCAGGUCGAGAUCCUCGCGGGCAACGACGACGGGGGCAGCGAGGCGACGGUGGCGGGCACGUCGUGGGUGCAGGACAUGUACUGGUCGGCGCGGCAGAUGCUGGCGCACGCGGCGAGCGCCGGCUCGGCCCUGCGCACGGGCGACAUCAUGGCCACGGGCACGGUGAGCGGGGACGGGGAGGACGCGAGGGGGUGCAUGCUCGAGCUCACCGAGGGCGGGACCAGGCCGUUUAGGCUGCGGGACGGCAGCGAGCGGCGGUUCCUUGAGGACGGUGACGUGGUGCGCAUGACGGCCGUUGCGGGAGGGGAGCAGUCGGGCGUGGGCUUCGGCGAGUGUGUCGGCCGGCUAGUGGCGAGCCGGCUAUCUUAAUUUUGAUUGAGGGGAGCAGCCGGGGAAGAGGUGAAGCAGUCAUGCAUGUAUCAAUGUGAUGCCAUUCAUCUGACCAUCUAUUUACCAUUACUGGUCCAUAUUCUUUUUUUUUUUUUUUUUUUUUUUUUUUUUUUUUUUUUUUUUUUUUUUUUAGGCAUCC